CCAAACGACAAGAGAGUCGCGACGCUUUCUGCGAAGCUUCUCAUGGCUGUCGCAUUGGCCGCUGCAGUCGCCGUCGCCGCUUCCUUACUCUGUUGGGAAGGUCCGUCGUCGGGUGGCGCAGCGCCGGCCUUGAGCUUCGUCGUGUCUCGUCUUGGCCUCGCUCGCUCGACACGCCCGAGGCUGGCCCGGGGCUCGCCUGGAAAAUUGGGACGUGUCGACGCGUCGUUGCCGGGCGGGGUUGGUCUGGGCUUGAAGCACAAGCACAGGAAGCCAGGGAAAAACCUUGCUUGGAAAGGAGGGGAGGGGGGCGCGGAUGAGGCUCGCAGGCAGACUGGCAGCCAGUUGCAGUCGGUCGGCUGAUGCGAGUCUGUGUUGUGCCUUGCCUCCGCCCGCCACUUUCUUGUCAUCGCUACGCCUACGCAAACGCAGUCGACCCUUACUCUCUGUGCCAUCGACGAGGGCGACGUCCGAGCGCACCCACGCACGCAUGCACGCACUCACUCGGCUGGAUCCAAGUCGUGCUCACGCCCACGCCCACUCCCACCCUUCGCCUCUACUUCUUCCUAUUCGCAGCCUCGCCUCUGGCGUUUUCCCUCCUUGCCUAGGUCUGCUCCAUCGACCUCCCCCCCACCUCGUCUCGCCUGGCCUCACCUCGCCUGGCCUCGCCUCUGCUGCUCUCCCCCGAUCACCACCCUCACCCACCCCCUGCUUGCGCCACGCCAAUCUCGCAACUCACCGCUGCCUCCGCCAAUCAACAACAACCCUCAACUCAGGGUCAGGACUCAGACUAGAAGGACGAUUAGCCGCCACUCAGUCGCCGCGGCCGCCAAACCCAACUUAGCCUCGAGGGCAAAGACGCACCACCGAUCCAUCAUCUCUCGUCUCGACUGGAGAGGCGACCCCUUCCUUCCUCGCAGUCAUCCCUCGCCGCCGACGCAGCAGACCUCCCUACACGUCCUACCAAAGGCAAGGUAGCAGCUCUGUUUGCUUGCUUCCCCUCCAUUCUCUCUCUCUUUUACAUCACAGCACCCUGCUUCUCGCUACCC